AAAGAUUCUUAUAAAAAACUAUUCAAGAAUACAACAGUUGAAUCAUAUUUUCACAUCGAACCUCUCCUAAUAACAAAGAUGGACACACAAUCCUUUCUUAUCCUUUUAUUAUUUUCCCUUUGUUUCAUUGUUUUUCAUUCCCAUGCACAAAACAAUGGUUUUAGUGUUGAACUUAUACACCGCGAUUCUUUAAAAUCACCCUUCUACCAACUUGCACAAACCAAAUAUCAACUUGUGGUCAAUGCCGCACGUCAGUCCAUUAGUCAUAUUAAUCAUUUCUACAAAGAUUCACUCACUAGUACUCCUGAAUCGAAUAUAAUUCCUGAAAAAGGUGCGUAUCUCAUGACUUAUUCAGUUGGUACCCCACCAUCGAGGGUGUAUGGUAUUGCUGAUACUGGUAGUGAAAUUAUUUGGCUUCAAUGCCAACAUUGUUUACAAUGUUUUAACCAGACAAACCCAAUGUUUGAUCCUUCAAAAUCAUCAAGUUACAAAAUUAUUCCUUGUGGAUCUAAUACAUGUCGAUCUAGGAGAGACACUUAUUGUACUGAAAAUGAAUAUUGUCAAUAUAAUAUUGAGUAUGGCGAUAAAUCACAUUCAAGAGGAGAUCUUAGUGUUGAAACUCUUACAAUAUAUUCCACCACUGGCCAUUCAUUUUCAUUUCCUAACGUUGUGAUAGGAUGUGGAACUCAAAAUACAGUAUCAUUUGAAGGUAAAAGUUAUGGUAUAGUCGGCCUUGGAGGUGGAUCUGUGUCUCUUACAACACAAUUGGGAUCAACAAUUGGUGGAAAGUUCUCGUAUUGUUUGGUGCCAUUGUUGGUUGAGUCAAGUGUGACAAGCAAACUCAAUUUUAGAAAAACAGCCGUUGUAUCAGGUCAUGGUGUUGUGUCUACUCCUUUAACGAAAAAAAACCUACAAACUUUUUACUAUUUGACAUUGGAAGCAUUUACUGUUGGAAACAAAAGGGUAAAAUUUGGUGGGGAUUCAAUUGGUGGUAAGGAGGGUAACAUCAUAAUUGAUUUAGGUACUACAUUGACUCUUUUACCAAGUGAGGAUUAUACUAAUUUGGAAUCAACUGUAGCAAAAUUUGUUAAACUAGAUCGUGUUAAAGAUCCAAACAAUCAAUUUAGCCUUUGCUAUAAUGUCACAUCAGAGGGAUAUGAUUUUCCUAUAAUCACGGCAAAUUUCAAAGGUGCAGAUGUUAAGUUAAAUUCUAUCAAUACCUUUAUCCCAGUUGCUGAUGGGAUGGUUUGUUUCGCUUUUAUAUCAUCUAAUAUUGGUUCUAUCUUUGGAAACUUGGCUCAACAGAACUUGUUGGUUGGUUAUGACCUUGUUAAAAAUGUUGUAUCGUUCAAGCAGACUGAUUGUACCAAGUUGAAUUGAUUAUACUAACUUAACUUUGUAUUCAAAAGGCUUUCAUUUAGCCUAACUGCCAAUAAUUAUAUCAUCAGUUGCAAUCUAAAGUGUAAUAUACAGUAGACUUGUCAAAAUAUUAAUUGGUUAAAUUGUUAAGAAGA